AUGCAAAUGUUUCCUGUGAUUUCCAUUCUCCUUAUUUCAGUAAUUUGCUGCACAUAUUGUGAUUCCGUGGAUAAUUUAAAUGUACUAAAUGGAUUACUAAAGCUUAACAAGUUUUUUGUCUGUGAACCUAACCAUCUAUUGGGAUUAUGGAAUUCUAUACUUUAUAAAACUGUUGUAGUUCCUGCCAAAAUUAUUGCGAAAGUGGCCAGAGUAGUUAGCUGCCUUGUAAUCACGUUUAAUGGCCAAUUCCGGUCAAUUAGUGCCACCGGAAACACUCAUGAACAAAGUGGACAGGACAACACUUUACACAGAGGCAAUAAGACCUUUAAAUUAAAGAAACUUAAAAAGUUGGGUAAAAUGCAUUAUUUUUGGAAACCAGUUAGUUGCUUUAGAAACUUUACUUUAGCUCUUUGUCUCUCGCAUUCGACAAGAGAAAAACAGAUUAAAGCAAUUGAUAUAUAG